AUGGCUAGCAUUCAGUGCAGACCUUUCUGUAUUCAUACCAAAGAACAUGGUUCAGUUGACCGAGAAAAGGGAAUUGGAAGUGAAGAGACCCCUCCUACUGCGCGGGAAACUAAAAUCCCAAUUUUACAACGCAUCAGCGAUGCUAUUACUGGCGGUUUAGAGAGAACAUUCUACAGGCUGGGUAAAAGCGUUGGUUCAAAACCUUGGAUUACAAUAAUCGUAUCGCUUAUAUUAAGUGCUGUAUGUCUACUUGGUUUGUUGAACUUUCAAAAAGAAGGCAGGAUAGAAAAGAUGUGGGUUCCUGAGAAGUCUCAAGCUUUAAAAGACAAAGUUUGGGUUGAAGAAAGAUUUCCGGAGAAAUUUCAUAGUUCUGUUCUCAUUUUAAAACGUCCUAAUGUACUCACAGUUAAAACUCUGAACAAGAUGAUGGAAAUUCAUUCUCGUAUUAUAAAUAUCACCAUACUAUACGAAGGAAAGAUAUUGAAUUGGCAGAAUAUGUGUUUCAAGAUCGGAGACAAAUGUGCGAUGCAGGGAAUUCUUGAAUUGUGGAUGUUUAACAAGGCAAAUCUUAAAAACAAUUUGAGCAAUGGAGACAUUCUUUCUGAGGUUAAGAAAAGACCAACCUUCAGUCCGUAUUCAAACAGACCAUUCAGUCUAGAACGAGUUGUUGGUGGAAUAUCAUAUGAAAAUGGCAAUAUUUCUAGUGCGACAGCUCUCAAGGCAUCCUAUGCCAUCGAGUCCAGAUUGGAAUUGGAUAAAUCUUCGAGAGAAGAAGUCGACAAAAGAGCGAUAAUGUGGGAGAAGGAAUUUGCUAACAUUCUGGAUGAAUACCCUGACGUAGUGUAUUACACCCACACAAAGUUUCAAGCAACAUCUCAGGGCGCAAUUAAGAACGAUAUAAAACUCUUGAGUAUUGGUUACAUCUUAGUCAUUGCCUAUGUUGCUCUUGUUAUUGGAAAGUUUACCCGACUGGAAAUAAAGGUAUGGCUGGCAUGUGUCGGUGUGUUUGGUGUUGCAAUGUCAAUUGGUGUAGCUGUAGGUCUCUGUAGUGCCAUGGGAUUGCUGUUUGGGUCUGCUCAUUUAACUCUACCUUUUCUUUUGCUUGGUAUUGGCGUCGAUGAUUUAUUUGUAAUCGUUCAGUCUUGGUCCAACAUCUCCUCUGCUGUUCAUCGCAGUAGAUCAAUUGAAGAGAGGAUUGGUAUUGCAGUAAAAAAUUCGGGAACAUCAAUAACUGUGACAACUGUUACUGACGUGUUAGCUUUUCUAAUUGGAGGAACAACUAUUCUACCUGGGUUAAAGUCAUUUUGUUUUUACGCAGCCGUUGGAAUUCUCUCCGGAUAUUUAUUUCAACUUACGUUCUUUGUUGGAUGGUUGACAAUUGACGCCAGAAGGCAGAGCCAAAAUCGUGAUGGAUGUCUGAAUUGUGUCAUACUAUCGUCUAAUUACACUCCAAAUAAAUUUGGGACGGUGGAAUACGCGCGUCUUUUCUUUGAAAAAAUAUACGCAAGAUUUUUGACAAAAUUGCCAGUGAAGAUCAUUGUUUUGCUGCUUGUUGCCAUCUUUCUGGGUGUGAAUAUCACAGGAAGUUUAGAGCUGCGUCAGCAUUUUGAACCUAAAUGGAUUAUACCACGUGACUCAGUUAUCAGACAAUAUUUAGAAAUUGACGGAAAGGAGUUCCCGCAUAACGGAAAUCCAGUUGCUAUUUAUACUGGUAAAAUGGAUUAUUACGAAGAACAAAUAAAGCUGCAUAAUCUUUACAGUGAACUUCAAAAUGAGACUGAGGGUUUAUCCAGAAAUAGUGUUGAGAGUUGGUAUGAGGAAUACGUGAAAUGGAUGAAACAAAAUAAACCAGAAUAUGUCGAUCUCACCAACUCAACGAUUAAUAAUCGAGAAGCGUUCUAUUAUAACCUGAAAGUAUUUCUCAAUCAAACCGAAGGAAGGAAGUUCGCCAGUCAUAUCAAGUGGAAUGAUGCAGGAGACGGGAUUGAGCUGUUGCGGUCGUGCGGGGUCAUACGUCAUCAGCAUUUCCCUAAGUUCUAUAUCGAUACUUCAUAUGAAAUAGAAGAGAAAUAUUUCUUGGAAAUUUCACCGUCUAAUUUCCUGCAGGCCUCGCGUUUCUCAGCGCUACAACGUAAUUACGCUGACUCCGUGGAAGAGGUGAAAGCAAUGGACUCGUUAAGAAAUCUGGUGAAGAGCAUUAAAAUAUCCCCUAAAGCGAGAGUGUAUGGAUUUUCCUACUUGUGGGCUGAAAGUUACAAGGUAAACCUCAAGAGAUUUCUAAUCGUAUAG